ACGCAAGAACGGGGAACCAAUAGGAGCUAAUACAUACUGCUGAGUUCCUUGUGUUCAAUAUAAAAGUCCAGCGCGGUCUGUAUUCACUAUGGUGUACAGUCAGAAACAUUCAAAGCAAGAUGAUAAAAUUGGUCCUUCUUUCGUGUGCGCUAACAGUCUCGCAUGGAAAUUAUGCAGGCAAUAAAGACCCCUUAAACCCCAUUAGAGGUGGACCAUCACAGUCAAUUCCAAAAAUCCUAAAUCCCAACAACCCAGUAGACCCAAACAACGUGAGAAACGUGGGAUCUGCACUAAAACCUGGUGACGUCAUCCACCCCGUAGUGAUCGACAACAACGAAGGACGUCCUCUAGGUAAUCCAUGGGUGAAUGAUCCGGGAGCACCACUUGUAGAUCCGUGGGCAAAUGACCAAACUGUCCGCAUCCCUGGUUCACCAAUCGAAGCCAAACCAAUACAGUUUACCAGAGGUGAUGGUCAAGUAUUUGUGAAUCCUUUUAUCGAUGGACCUGGUUCACCAAUCAACCCUAUCCGACAGAAACCCAGUUACGACAACUCAGCCAAACAUAUUCCAGACAAUACUCCUUUUGUUCCUGAUCUCGGUGGAGAAAUCUUUAAUCCAGUCGAUCCACGAAGAGAGGGACCUUUUAUUAAUGGACCUGGUUCACCAAUUAACCCUAUCCGAAAGAAGCCCAGUUAUGACAAUUCUCACAAGUUACCUGUACCGCCAGUAAAAAAUCCUUCUAGUUAUGAUGGAUCAGCGAAAAUUAUUCCAGACAACACACCUUUUGUCCCUGGCGUCGGUGGAGGAAUAUUUAAUCCAGUCAACCCAAUUGACCUACGGGGAGAAGGACCUUUUAUCAAUGGACCUGGUUCACCAAUUAACCCUAUCCGAAAGAAGCCCAGUUAUGACAAUUCUCACAAGUUACCUGUACCGCCAGUAAAGAAUCCUUCUAGUUAUGAUGGAUCAGCGAAAAUUAUUCCAGACAACUCACCUUUUGUCCCUGGCGUCGGUGGAGGAAUAUUUAAUCCAGUCAACCCAAUUGACCCACGAGGAAAGGGACUUUUUAUUAAUGGACCUGGUUCACCAAUUAACCCUAUCCGAAAGAAGCCCAGUUAUGACAAUUCUCACAAGUUACCUGUACCGCCAGUAAAGAAUCCUUCUAGUUAUGAUGGAUCAGCGAAAAUUAUUCCAGACAACGCACCUUUUGUUCCUGGCGUCGGUGGAGGAAUAUUUAAUCCAGUCAACCCAAUUGACCCACUGGGAGAAGGACCUUUCGUUAAUGUACCUCGUUCACCAAUUAACCCCAUCAGAAGGAAGCCCAGUUACGACAACUCUCACAAACUUCCUGUAUCACCAGUGAAUGACCCUUUCAGCGGUCCAGUCAGAAUUAUUCCAGAUAACACAAAUUUUGGCACUGGUAUUGAAGGCGACAUUUUCAGGCCAGUCGACCCAGUACACCCACUAAGGAAAGCUCCAAGUUAUGACAACUCUCACAAAAUAGGACCAGAAGGUUCACCCUUUAGACCUGGUAUUGGUGGUGGCAUUGCACCUCCAGUCAAUCCUGCAAGAAAGGCACCUAGUUAUGAUAACUCGCACAAAGUUGUGGGUGGUGUCGUUGAUGGAUUGCCACCACCAAGAUUCCCAGGUUCGCCAUUUGUUGGAGCACCAGAUGGAUUAAGAGGAAAUGACGCUGGAAUCGAUGCUCACUCGAUAGAUACACAGAGACAGUGGUUUGAUAAAGCAGUAUCCAAUCGCCUUGGAACACGGUCAGACAUUUCCCCACAAGUCCUUCCAGUAAAAAAAGGACUCUCCUCUGGAAAGCGUAAUUAUCUGGCAUCCCUUGGAGUAUUCAAAAAAGCGAAAUCCUACCAAAGUUAAUGUGAUUUGUACAAAUCCUUCAUCCUGUGCCAUAUGACAAUAUAGUGCAAUAUUUUACAUUUUUAUUGAUCGUCUCUUUAUACACACUAGUGAAUGAUAAAAUAUGAAAUGCAA